UCACCACAAUACAAAUGUUGACUCGGAGGAUAGAAGUUAUGGAAACAACUCGCCCAUAUCAAAACAACAAUGAGAAUCGAAAUAGAAACUGGAAUCGGACAAAUUCUAACAGUAGAAUAAUAUGUUAUAAUUGCGGUGAACAAGGGCACAUCAGCAUCAACUGCGAAAAACCAAAACAGAACAAUAAUUACCGUGAUAAUUCAGGAGGAAAUCGCCCAAAUCAAAACAAUGCAAAUUCUUUCCCGCAAAACAAUGUUCGUCCAAAUCUGGAUAGGCCGGUGAUCAAUGAUAAUACGGGAAGUAAAAACACGAAUAUCAAUAAUGUUCUUCUUGCCCAAUUGCAAGAAUUAACAAAUAACUUGCAAAACAUGGUCAAAAACCAACCCUCAAAUGACACCAAUUCUCUGCUCGCCACUCAUGAAUAUCUGGCCAGCGAUAAAAAGCAAAAAGGCGUGGACCGACAUGAACCAUACGUCAAACAACACAACACGAGAAGUCGUCGAACGGAAGCCGAAGACAAGGUAGGAAAUCCGAUAGUAAAUGACGAUGACGGAGGAGUGAACGACGAUGAAGAAAUGAUUGAAAUAGACGCCUGA